UACAUAUUUACACAAAACCCACACUAAUUUACAUAAACAUGCCAUUUUAUAGUAAAUGUUUGCAUACAUAUUUAUUAUCACAAAUAUUUUUAUAUUUGGGAUAUUUGUGUCAGGGAAAUUUAAUAAUACCAGACAAUAUGAUAAGUAACUUACCUGAUCGAGCUCCACAUUUACGGCUUACACGGGAAAUCACCGUUGGCAAGGAUAAUAUAUAUUCGUUGAGAGACAUAGAGUCGGCCGCCAAUGAGAAACUGGACGCCGGGCUCCGGGAUUACCUGAACAGAGGCGCCCAGAAUGAGAUCACUUUGGGGGCUAAUAGGGAGGUGUUUAAUAGGUAUCGUAUUAUACCCCGAUAUAUGGUGGACGUGUCGAAGCGUAAUCUAACUGUCCAACUAUUUGGCGAGACACUACCGGCGCCGAUAGGUGUGUCCCCAUUCGGUCGCCGACAUCUGUUUUAUAAGGACGGCGAUUAUGAGGUGGCAAUAGGUGCUGCCAAAUUUGGUACAGUAGUUGGUGUAAGCAGUGGCUCUAGCGUAACAAUUGAGGAACUGGCGGAAAGGGAGCCAAACGCCAUGAAAUGGUUUCAAAUAUUCAUAUUUUCCGACAGAAAUAUGACUAAAGAUAUGGCCCAACGGGCAGAGAGGGCUGGUUAUAAAGCCCUGGUACUCACUGUGGACCACAAUUCCGGUGGCAUCCGUUACCACGACACUAAAAGUGUCAAGGUUAAUAAUUCUGACCGUGCCAACUACCGGCCCUAUACGGGCGCCAAUAAGGGUAUCGCAAACGAUGUCACGUGGGACGACGUAAAGUGGCUGAAACGACAGGUUCAGAUACCGGUGGUUAUUAAGGGUGUCCUAACGGCAGGUGACGCCAGACUAGCAGUUAAUAGCGGCGCGGACGCCAUAUUUGUGUCCAAUCACGGGGGCCGACAGAUAGAUGGCGUUCCGGCGACUUUGGAGGCCUUACCAGAGAUAGUAUCAGAGGUGGGCCGGGAGGUUGAUGUAUACCUGGACGGCGGUGUCCGUAAUGGGAACGACAUAUUCAAAGCACUGGCUUUAGGGGCAAAAGUUGUGUUUGUAGGCCGACCAGCGGCCUGGGGUCUCGUAUAUAAUGGCUCCGAAGGUGUGAACACUGUAUUGGAUAUACUGUACAAAGAGUUGGAUAACGUUAUGGCUAUAGCCGGCACACCCACUAUUAGAUCCAUCAGUCGAUCCCGAGUUAGGUCUGCCGAUGACUACCGGAAAGGCGUAUAAAAUAUUAAUGAG